GUUGUUAAUUCAGAACAUCAUAACAGAUUUGCUGACGAGCAUAGGUACUUCAUUAUGUAAAUGAUCGAUUGUCAAUGAUGCCCAUGACUGUAUUACGUGUGAAAGCAAUAAAUAAAAUAGUGUAAAACUUUAAUAAAUUUUGGUUGAAGUGAAAAAAUCAAAUUUGAGUGGUUAAAGGAAUAUAAUUUCAGAGAAUCAAUAACAUCGGAAAGGUCAUGAAACACAUCAAAUAUGUUUUAACGUUCCUCAUAACUUAUGUCACGCUCAUACAAUGUGCAAACAUUUUGGCAAUACUUCCAAUGGUCCAGAAGAGUCAUUAUGUCAUGUUCAAAAAACUACUGGAAGAAUUAGUAAGAAGAGGACAUGUUGUUGACGUACUGGGAGGAAUUCCAUCUGCAGCUGAAAAGAAUAUAACUGGAUUAAACUUCAUAGAUUUUCCACAACUUAUUCAUCCAGAUGUACCACCUUUCCGUAUAAAAGACUUGAGAAAGUUCACAGUUGAUUAUGCCGUGAAAUUUAUGUUUCAUCACCAUGGCAUACCAACGUGCAAGGAUAGCUUCGAAUUGGACGUUAUGAAAAAGCUCAGAGAUUCGAAGAAAAAAUACGAUCUGCUGCUGAUAGAAAUCUUCAUAUGUGAUUGUUACUACGGUUUUGCUCAUACAUUCAAAGUUCCGGUUGUGUCAUUGAUUUCCAGCUCAGAUCUACCAUGGGGAGGUCAUAGGAUUGGAAACCCGGAUAAUCCUUCUUAUAUUCCAGUUUAUUUUCAGGGAUUCAGACCGGAUAAAUCGCUGUAUGAUAGAUUUUGGAACAGUGUAUCAUAUGCUCAAACAAAAAUUGGUCAUUGGUGGUACAUGAAGGAACAAGAUAGAUUGUCCAGGAACUUUUUCGGUCAAGAUAUGCCUAAUCUGAACGAUAUUGUGUCAAAUACGAGUAUCAUUCUUCUGAACAGCCAUUUCACAUUGAAUAUGGCCAGACCAGCAGUUCCUAAUUUCAUUGAAGUUGGCGGAUUGCACAUAACUACAACAUUGAAACCUCUAGAUAAGAAAAUUGCUGCUUUCAUAGGAAAAAAUAAAUUCAUUUAUUUCUCUCUUGGAUCUCUGGCGAAUUCGGAAACAUUCGAACCAGAAAUUCUGAAGAGCUUCAUGGAUACUUUUGCUGAAUUGGACCACAAAGUCUUGUGGAAAGCAAAUGGAACUGAAAUCGAAAAAAUUGUGAAUAUACCUUCGAAUGUACUUGUACAAAGUUGGAUGCCCCAGAUGGAGAUUUUAUGUCACCCAAACAUUCUCUUUUUCAUCACUCACAGUGGCCUCUUAGGAACAGAAGAAGCAAUACAUUGUGGUGUUCCAAUGUUGUGUUUGCCACUUUUCGCUGAUCAAUACCAAAAUUGUCGAAAUAUGUUGGACAGAGGAGUAGCUAAAACGCUAGAGAUUGAAACUAUAACCAAAGAAAAAUUUAGUAAUGUCGUCGGAGAAUUAAUUAUCAACCCCAGUUACGCUCAAAAUGCUAAAAAAUUAUCGAGGCUGUUCAAAGACCGUCCUAUGUCACCAAUGGAAACAGCGAUGUAUUGGAUAAAUUAUGUUAUAGAACAUAAUGGUGCCCCACACUUGAAGAGCCCAUCAAAUAAUUUAAAUUGGUAUCAAUAUCACCUUUUAGAUGUCAUAGGCAUUUUUACUUUAAUACUUUUAUCGACUCUUUUGUUUCUCUACCUAUGCAUGAAACUUUUGAUAAACAAAAUUAAAUGUACUUUGGGUAAGAAAAAGAAGGAAUGAAUUAAAACGCUUACCAGUUUUA